UAGUGUCAUCAGCCUUUGCUCACUAGUUACGGUCACAUCGCUCUGUUUAGCCGCCUUUAACCUUAGAUUAAAAGAAAGUUAAUAUGUUUAUAUGGAUGGCGUUUUACUUAUGAACAGUCAGGAAGCAACUUAACACUCACUGCGAACUUUCAGCGGUCGAAUUUGAACCCGCUUGUAAAUGUUAGCGAGGGCGUUUGACGGCUGGCUAGCCGGCUAAUGGCAUAGCUAACGUAUGAAGUCACGUGGUUUCAAAUGUUCCGGAUGUAGCGCGCGGCUUGCAAAAGAGAACAGCGACAGCCGCGCGAGGGUGAGGGAUGGAGUACAGCUCAUAGAAGAGACAAGAAGACAACCCAAAAGAAAUGUGCACAAAACUGUAAUUGUUGCUUGUAUUUAUGUAGCUGUCUUUUUAUGACUCGUCAAACAGGCCAUGCGAGUGAUAAGGUGAAGGGGGCUUGAGAGUGACUUGGCUUUGUCAUGGCCAGUCAAGCCUGGCUGGAGUCCUCCCUGCGCCGCUCGGCCAGCCUCGGUCUGGAGGUGCUGGAGCGGGCCUCCAGGCGAAGUGUGGACUGGACCAGUACUAGUACAUCCCAUAGCCCCACUACCACAGAUGAAGAUGCACAACGUCCCAUUAAGAGGAGCCACACAAAACUUGAUGAUGCCUUUGAGACCAUAGCAGACUUCAUGGCACUGACAUCCUAUCAGUGCAAGAAGUUUUAUGAGGCAGACCAUUGCACAGAACGCAGCAACAUUGAGAGGACCCAUGUGUGCAGGUUCCACACACAGACAGCUUCUGGGACAAGUGCACCUGCAGCACCAACCAGGAGAAAUGGCCUUGAGUCGGCAGAUGAAGAUUUCUACAUUGAGGUUUCCCCGGGGACGUACGCCAUCACUGCCAGCCUGUCAGACUCACAGCAGCAGACGCAGAUGGUCAGCAUCCACGCUGGGGAGAGUAUCAACCUCACCUUUAACCUUUGACAUGUGACCCCUCACCUGAGCAAUCCAGUCACCCUCGCCUUUCAGUAAUAAAACUGACCAGUCCGUAUUCUGUUUAUCAUGAUUUGCCUCUUUGUAUAUUAAAAACUGUUAGAGUUUUUAUUUUCUUACUAACAUGUUUUAAUAACUGCACAUUGAGAAGCCAUAUUUUCAUUGCAUUUUAUGUUUAUUUUAUUAUGCCAAUUAUGUGCCAAAGUUCUGCCACAGAACAUUACGCAAUGCACUAACAAUUAUAUCUGCACUUAUACCACAUCAGUGUAUCAGAAUAAAGACUAUUUUUAUCAGUAUA